GGGUCCUCUCAACCCCAAAAAAUGAAGUAGGUCUGCAUAAUGGUAACAUAGACGAUAAUAGGAAGAGGGAAAAAUGAAAUUUCCAAAAAGAAAGUUGUUUCUUCUCAUCAUUGUUGCAUAUGUAGCGUUUUCGCUCUACGCUGCAUACAAUGUGUUCUUUAGUAGUAAAGUCAUAUCGCGCGUUCACAGAGUGGAGAAGAAAGAAGCAGGACCCUCUGGUGUUCGAAAUGGCGGAGCCGCUCUAUCCAAUGGACAAGAGUGGAAUCCGUGGGAGGAUGAACAGGUGGAGUACAACUCCGCACUGAACAAAAAAAGAGAGGCAUUCAAACAGCAUAUGGCACGAAUCGAAAAGAACAAACCCACAAGAUAUAAGGUCCAAAUCUGGGGUAAAGCAGCCAUAGGACUUUACCUUUGGGAGCAUAUAUUGGAGGGACCCCUCAAUCCUACUGACAAGAUAGCACAAUGGAGAGAGGGUGAGAUCCAGUCAAGUAAAAUUGACUUCAGUUUCUACACAGGCCCUGCUGUAGUCCAAGGUCACGUACCCUUGGACAUGAACAGCCUGGUCCUGGUCCUGAACGGUCGUGAGCAGCAGAAAGUGGUAUACUCCACGCGUUGGUUGGAGCACGUCCAAGCUUUGGUACAAUCCCACACUGUUUCUCACGUGGCUGUGGUCCUGCUGGGCAAUGAGCACUGCAAGAAUGACUGGAUCGGGCCGUACCUUAAGAGACAUGGUGGCUUUGUGGACCUGCUCUUUUUGGUGUACGACAGCCCUUGGGUCAAUGAAAGAGAUGUCUUCCAAUGGCCCCUCGGUGUUGCCACAUACAGACAGUUUCCCUUGGUCCGGCCCAAUGCUGAGAUGAUCACCUCCAACCGUCCAUACUUGUGCAACUUCCUCGGUACCGUUUACAAAAAUUCUUCGAGGGAAACACUCAUGCAGGUUCUCAAAAACUCGGGCCUGGAGAAGGAGUGCAUUACCACUGCUAGGGAGAAAUGGCUCCCCCAAGAGACAGCAGACAGUCUGAAGCGAUAUCAAAGUGCCCUGGCCCAGAGCGAGCUCACCCUAUGCCCCGUCGGCAUCAACAGCGAAAGCUACCGCAUCUAUGAGGCCUGCUCUUACGGCUCAGUGCCGGUGGUGGAAGAUGUACUCACGCCGAGGACCUGCGCGGCCGGACCCAGCUCUCCCCUGCGCCUCCUCAAGGCAGCAGGAGCACCCUUCAUCUUUAUUAGUGAUUGGCGAGAGCUUCCCACAAUUAUGGAAGGAGAGAGAAGAAUAAGCCAAGAGCAAAGGGUAGACAGGAGGAGGAGGUUGCUGGAGUGGUAUGCCACGUUCCGCCAACAAAUGAAGGAGAGAUUCACUGAGGUCAUUGAGGAGAACUUUUUCAAAAGUGGCUGACUGGAUUGCUUAAAGGGACAGACGGGAAAGAUUUGUUGCUCAAAAUAUUUAAAUCUGAAAAUUCUGCAACUUCUGAUAAAAGAGAAAAUCACGUUUAAACACAUAAAAAAAUGACACCACUUACAAACACAGUUGUCAUGUCAGUUAGACACUGUAUACAUCAAUUAUCACUAAAACACUGAUUGACUCGAAACCAAGCGCAUUGGACGAUAGGUCUCAUUGACAACAUGAGGUAGUGUGGACAUUGGACAAUAUGGGAUAAAUGCGCUUGAUUUGCUAAAGUAGUACUGGCAUUUAUAAGAUGUCUGCCCACACUAAGGUUGUCCCCUCCCUGGAAAUACUGUUUUUGUUUUUGUUUUGUUUUUUAUGCCACUAAUACACUUUAGAAAAAGGAAACCGUAGGUUCAGUUCAUGAAGCAAGGUUCUUUCUUUUGUACAUAAAGGCAUUGUCUGUCCAUUUAAAUAUGAACAAAGGUGAAAGUAACUUAUUUUUUUGGAAGUGGAGAAAUGUAAUUGCCUUUACUGUCGUGAACAUGGUGAUUAUCAGUAUUAUGUGCAGUUAUGUGAAUAAUAGUCAUUAAUAUUGUGACAGCCUUUUCUUUGUUGCUUGUAUUUAAAGUGUUAAAGGUGCUUGAAUGUGCAGUAAUGUAGAAUUUAUAGAAAAUAGCAUGCCUUUGCAUACUGAGAUCCAUCAACUACAAUUUGUAUUUGUAUGAAUUUGAUGGGGUGAUAUUCUUUUUAAUUACUGAAAACAACACUAAAUUAGAAACAAAACAGCAGCUCAAAUAUAAUUUGACAUUGCAUGUUUAAAUAUUUGUAUUCUUUUUGUUGUUGUGCCGCAUGUAUAUAAUGUGUCUGCAAUUAAUGAAAAAAAAAAAAAAAAAUCUCGUGGAAUCAGUUUUCCUCCAGAUGGCGCUAGGUUCAAGUUUUUAAUUGUACAGUAAUAUAAAUCAACAGAUUGUUCUGAAUACAAUGUCGGGGUCUGACUUGUUUACAAGAAAAUGUCUGCAAAAUCAGAUUAUUACACUCCACUAUUAGAUACACGUUUCUACCUCCCUAAUAGCUAUUUUACAUGUUGUGCAAGUGCUUAGAAUAGAUAGUAAACUCGAAUGCCUUAAUGGUGUGUUCUGUACUAUUUUUGAUAUACUGUAAU